GCACCUCGCCUAAGAUCUUGCUAUACUUAUGUUACUUUAGGUGCCUGACAGAUUAAAAUGUUCCUGAUCUUGUUCUCGAUAUAAAGUAACACAGAGAUGGCAUGCUGCAGCCCUAAGGCCCACCCUCUCUGAUCAAUCCUUAUCCCACCCUCAUCAUGGCACCAAGAUUUUUGCGCGAGCUCAUCCCGCGUAGAGAGAAGCGUGCAGCCUCUGGUAGUGUAGUGGUCGCUUUCAAGAGUCUCACAUGGGUACAGUGGAUUCAGUUCUGGUCCGGCUGGCUUGCCUGGACGUGCGACGCCAUCGAUUUCUUCGCAGUGUCACUCACAGUAAACCUCCUGGCAGAACAAUUUAACGAAUCAACAACUUCAAUCACGACCGCUAUAACGUUGACCCUUUUAUUCCGACCUGUCGGCGCUAUUAUUUUCGGUAUCUUAUCUGAUCGAUUUGGUCGCAAGUGGCCAUUGGUGUUCAAUCUACUUCUCUGCUGUGUCUUUGAGCUUGCAACUGGCUUUGUCAGCACAUUUCCGCAAUUCCUCGGCGUUCGUGCUAUAUUCGGUAUUGCCAUGGGUGGAAUCUGGGGACUUUCAUCGGCAUCAGCUCUUGAGAACUUGCCUGUCGAACUUCGUGGGAUUGGAAGUGGAGUUUUGCAGGAAGGCUAUGCUGUUGGAUACCUGCUCGCAGCUGUGAUAAACUUGACCCUGGUAGCCCAACACGGAUGGCGGGUCCUUUUCUGGACUGCAUCAGGCAUCAGCUUCUUUGCUGCAGGCAUUCGUAUGCUCGUCCCAGAGAGCGCGUUCUUCCUGCGUGCCAAAGAACAAGAGAGGGCGAGAGGGACCAAUACCUCCCACAAAACUAAAACCUUCAUUAAAGAAACGAAGGCGAUGCUUAAGCGUCACUGGCUCCUAUGCAUUUAUGCUGUACUCUUAAUGACAGGUUUCAACUUCUUGUCUCACGGUUCACAGGAUUUGUAUCCCACGUUCCUCGAGGAUAGCAAGAGUUUUAGCACUCACGACGCCACUGUCGCGACCAUUAUUGGCAACUGUGGUGCGGUUGCCGGUGGUGCUAUUGCUGGAUCGGUGAGCCAGUACAUCGGACGCCGCCUGACGAUUGUAAUUUUCAUUCUUCUCGUCGGAGCGUUCAUUCCAUUAUGGGUUAUACCCACCUCAUUUUCUGCCCUCUCUGCUGGGGCAUUCUGUAUCCAAGUUGGUGUUCAAGGCGCUUGGGGUGUCAUCCCGAUCCAACUGGCUGAGAUGUCCCCGCCAGCUUUCAGAGCAACAUUUCCUGGUGUUGCUUACCAGAUUGGCAACAUGAUAUCGGCAGCAUCAGCUCAGAUUGAAGCCACUGGUGCUGCCAACUUGAGGACAACGGUCAUAGUGGACGGAGUUCCUAAGUCGGAAGCAAAUUAUGCAACUGUGCAAGCCAUCUUCAUUGGUGUCGUUUCUGCAUUCGUGGUGAUUAUCACAAUCAUUGGGCCUGAAAACCACGGCUCACAUUUCGAGAACCACAAGACUGCUUUCGAAGAAGGUGGCGGAAGAGAUGAUGCUGUGGCUGUGGCUGAUAGCGCAUCACAAACGUCAUUUCGCGAAGCCAACUCGGAGAAGAGCAACGCUUAGGCUGCGUGAGCGCCUCCGCCUCUGUAUGAACAUGAUCGUAGUAUUUAUUUAUCUACAGUUAAUCAUGUGUUUGAAACACAAAAAUGACUUGUGUACUGUUACACGACUGUAACGCAUCUCCGAGGCUUCACUAUAUUUUUUCCCAUGUAAACAUACACUUUAUGACUACAGUAAUUUUUAUACCUUCGGAGCCAUUUGUGCACGUUGAUUUCGAACUCUUCUUACCAUUUCCCCACGAGCCUUAGCAAAAAAACAUUGUAUUGGCUGCUUGCACUUGGUUGAAGCUGCCACAUUGCAUCAUCACUCGAGAACACGAUAUCAUGUAUAUGUACGUAGCUACUUGACGAUAUUCUCCUU